GUAAGCAGUAAUUCAUGUAAAGUAUUGUUAAUAAGUGUAGCACUUGGUUUGUAUGUUUUUCGUUUCGGCACAUUACUGCCGAAAUUAAAAGUGAAGAGCCAGAACUGAUGGAUAAGGCACCAUCCCAGAAGAAGGUGAGAAGAAAGAAGAGAUUAUCAGUUGGGAGAUGUGAAAAUCAGAAACCAAGUAUUCAGAGGAAUAUACGCACCACUGUAAGGUGUUCUCCUGUAAAAGUUUCUGUCUUGAAUCUUAUAAAUGAAGACAGCCCACAGGAAGGACUUCUUAAAAAGGAUGAUUUGGAGUUGUCCAAACCUUUAGAGACAAUUCACAACCCAAACAUAGCUACCAGUGUUGCCCAAUUAUGUGAUAAGAGAAUUGUUUCAGUUGAAAUCACUUUGAAAGACCGCCUAGCUGCAGAAGUUUACCAGAAAAAAGAAGAUUUUCAAGAAACAGUAAGGAAACUUCAGAAAAUGUGUUCAGAAGAUUCUAUAUUGGCAGAUGAAUCUUGUCGGGAAACAGCAGUCGCACUAGGCCGGGUGGUGUCCAAACUUGCCAUAGCAGGAUCUACUGAUCAAGGCAGUGAAUCUGAGAAUUCCUCCAAAGGUUCCAAAAGUUUGAAAAAUCCCAGAGGUGGCUUCAAAUCUGCCUGUGUUGGUCACGGGAUGCCUAGCCAAUGUUUCAUUCCAGGUUGCCAAUCUCUUCUCAGUAUAGGUGAAAGCCUUAUUGAAGAGUCCAGGCACAUGGCAUGUUGGUCCUCUGUUUUAAUGAAUACUACCCUGGAGUCUUCAACAUCAAGCUCAAGAAGCAAUAUCCAUCUUGAAGAUUGUUUGAGACAAAGCUACAAACAGCCAAUAGUGGAGUUGAAAAAAGUUCAGGGAGAAGACUGUCAAGCUGAGAAGCCUGUUACUCAGGUGAAGGAAUCUUUGCCUGUUUGUGUUCCCAAAAGUUGCAGUACAAUGAACCCACGUGGGAAGCCAUACCUUCAUACCGUGCAAGGUAAUCAGCUGCCGAUGUCUACUCCAAAUUCAUUGGGUCAGUCGACCAUUAUCAAAUCCUCCAUCAAGUGCACUAACCCACUCAAAGUGGACAUAAAGACUGCAAGUAUUCUAAGUAUCCAUAUGCACUUUACUCAGGCAUUCUUUGUGUUUGUAUCUUUUGAAUGA